AUGUUCGUGUAUAAGCGAGAUGGCCGCAAGGAACGCGUGCAAUUCGACAAGAUCACCGCCCGAGUGUCAAGGCUUUGCUACGGCCUCGAUCCGGACCAUGUCGACCCUACCGCAAUCACCAUGAAGGUGAUAUCCGGCGUGUACCAAGGCGUCACCACCAUCCAGCUGGAUGAUUUGGCCGCCGAGACCGCUGCCUACAUGACCGUCACUCACCCGGAUUACGCGGUCCUCGCUGCUCGCAUUGCAGUCUCCAACCUGCACAAGCAGACCAAGAAGCAAUUCUCCGCCGUCAUCUCCGACCUCUACAACUACUUCAAUCCCAAGACCAAGAAGGCGGCACCCAUGAUCUCUGAGUACACCUACAACAUCGUCAUGAAGCAUGCGGAUGAGCUCAAUUCGGCCAUCGUGUAUGACCGCGACUUCAACUACCAAUACUUUGGCUUCAAGACGCUCGAGCGCUCAUAUCUCUUCCGCAUCGAUGGCAAGAUUGCCGAGCGACCGCAGCAGAUGAUCAUGCGCGUUGCCAUCGGCAUUCACGGUGAAGACAUCGAAGGUGCCAUUGAGACGUACAAUCUGAUGUCCAACAAGUACUUCACCCACGCCUCGCCUACUCUCUUCAGUGCGGGCACUCCGCAAGCCCAGCUGGCAUCCUGCUUCCUCAUCGAUAUGAAGGAAGACAGUAUCGAGGGCAUCUACGACACCUUGAAGACGUGUGCCAUGAUUUCAAAAGGCGCGGGAGGCAUCGGCGUCAACGCUCACUGCAUUCGUGCCACCGGAUCACAUAUCAGUGGUACCAACGGCACAUCCAAUGGCCUCGUGCCGAUGCUGCGCGUGUUCAACAACACUGCACGCUACGUGGACCAAGGCGGCAACAAGCGGCCAGGCGCCUUCGCCAUCUACCUCGAGCCGUGGCAUGCUGAUGUCUACGCCUUCUUGGAUCUCCGCAAGAAUCACGGCAAAGAAGAGGUUCGCGCCCGCGAUCUCUUCUACGCCUUGUGGAUCCCCGACCUCUUCAUGAAGCGCGUUGAAGCCAACACCACCUGGACACUGAUGUGCCCGCAUGAAUGCCCGGGCCUCGCAGAUGUGUAUGGAGACGAGUUCGAGGCGCUCUACGAGAAGUACGAGCGUGAAGGCCGCGGCCGUGAGACCAUCCGUGCCCAGAAGCUCUGGUACGCCAUCCUCGAAGCACAAACCGAGACCGGCAACCCCUACAUGCUCUACAAGGACGCCGCCAACCGCAAGAGCAACCAGAAGAACCUUGGCACCAUCCGCAGCUCCAACCUCUGCACUGAGAUCAUCGAGUACACCGCGCCGGACGAAGUCGCCGUCUGCAAUCUGGCGUCUCUCGCUCUCCCAACGUUUGUGGACAUCCAGAACGAACGCUACGACUUCAAGAAACUGCACGAAGUCACUCAGGUCGUGACGAGGAACUUGAACAAAGUCAUCGACGUCAACUACUAUCCCGUCCCGGAGGCCCGCAACAGCAACAUGCGUCACCGCCCAGUCGGUCUAGGUGUCAGCGGUCUUGCGGAUGCAUUUUUGGCGCUCCGCAUGCCAUUUGACUCUCCCGAAGCUCGCCAGCUCAACAUUCAGAUCUUUGAGACAAUCUACCACGCUGCCCUCACCGCUUCUUGCGAACUCGCUGAGAAGCUUGGCCCGUAUGAGUCUUACCCUGGCUCUCCCGUGUCGAAGGGCGAGCUACAAUACGACAUGUGGGGUGUCACGCCCACGGAUCUCUGGGACUGGGAUGCUCUCAAGGCCAGAAUCGCUCAGCAUGGUGUCCGCAACUCCUUGCUGGUCGCGCCGAUGCCUACUGCCUCCACCUCGCAGAUCAUGGGCUUCAAUGAAUGCUUCGAGCCGUACACCAGUAACAUCUACUCUCGCCGUGUGCUUGCCGGAGAGUUCCAAGUUGUCAAUCCCUGGCUGCUCAAGGACCUCGUCGAUCGCGGCCUCUGGUCUGACAACAUGAAGAAUCGCAUCAUUGCCGACGGCGGCUCCAUCCAGCGUGUUCCAAACAUUCCCGAUGACCUCAAGGCUCUGUACAAGACGGUGUGGGAGAUCAGCCAGCGACAUAUCGUCCAGAUGUCGGCCGAUCGCGGCGCAUUCAUCGAUCAAUCUCAGUCAUUGAACAUCCACAUGAAAGAGCCAACGAUGGGCAAGAUCACCAGCAUGCAUUUCACCGGCUGGAAGCUUGGCCUCAAGACCGGCAUGUACUACCUCCGCACCAUGGCCGCAUCAGCGCCGAUUCAAUUCACCGUGGACCAAGAGAAGCUCAAGGUCGUCGACACGAACAUUGCCAAAGCGGUUGCCAAGAAGCGUAAUGUCUCUGGAGCCUACAACGCCGUCAGCUCGCCUCCUGUUGCUCCGAUCCCGAAGCCCAUGUACGAGAACAAGGCGCCCAACCUCUCCACCGAGGCUGUUAACGGUGUGGUGACGCCAGCCGCCACCCCGCCACCGGAGCCAGAGCGAAAAGAGAGGAAGCUCGGACGUGCAUCUUCCGCUGUUGUCCAGCCGCCGUUCCAAGCCGACCAAGACGAGGGCGAGAGCCCGGAAGUCUUGGCUGCCGACGGCGCCAUUGCGGUGCCAAAGAGCGAGCAGCUACCCGAGCCCGCAUUCCCGGGCGAGCCCAAAGAGCCCGAACAAGUCGAGGACAAGGAGGACGACAGCAAGGAGCGGGAAGGAGACAUCUACGCUGAUGCUGUCCUUGCCUGCAGCAUAGAGAACAAGGAGGCGUGCAUCAUGUGCAGCGGUUGA